CUUGCCCAGUGAUGAUGACAUGGACAAUGUUCCCGCACGCCAUUGACCGAGCCGUCUGAACCCCCAAGAGCGUCCUCUCACCCCACAGAGGUCUACAGUGAGAGUAGUAAGAAUUAAGGUCCUCGGCUUGGUUCAUUGGUGUCCCCCCACCCCGGCCAUCGGUCGCAUCGGCGGCUUUCCGACCUGCCUGUUGCGCAAUUCGACCCUGCGAUGCGCAAACCAGCUCCCCGCACCCCGACGAAUCCCAUAAAGAUGCCGAUGGUGGGAUUGAAAAUGCGACGGUUGGAGCUUUGAGAAGCUUGGCCUGCUUUGCUUUGCGAUCAUCAGCUGAAACGAAACCAAACCCCUCCCAAUCCCGUCGGAGCUUCUCAGAUUCUCAAACUCACACAAACGGCUUUCAUCUCAUCCCGAGUUUACCUCAGCUUUUGCUUUAUAAGCUAUAAAACCAAGCUUAUCGCCCAACCUCUUCUCUCACUCCUGAGAUUCUCCCACUGAGGCGUCCCUCAUAAAACAACCCACCACACCAAUGAUCAUGCUCCUCCCGCCACCGAACAAGACCCUCAAGGGCCACAAGCUGCUUGUUCUCUCGCAGUUCCCGCUGCCGCAGGAAUGGCUGGACAGGGUGCGCGCCGAGUUCCCCGACCUGAAGGUGGUGCAUCACGAGCUAGGCUGGGCCGACAGGAAACCGAAAGACAGCUUCAACCAUGACGAGUGGAAGGACGUGACGAUCCUGCUGACUGGCAGCGCCCUGCCCGCCAUUGAGGACGCGCCCAAGUUGCAUUACGUCCAGCUCCAAAGCGCCGGCGCCAACCACAUUCUCAAGGACCCGUUAUUCAAGGAUACGGAUGUGAGCUUUUGCACGGCGAAUGGUGUCCAUGGACCUCAGAUUUCUGAAUGGAUUAUAACGACAUUCCUCUCGUUCCAGCAUCAACUUCCUAAAUACAUCGACAACUACCGCUCCGGCCACUGGCAACGCGGCAACGAUUUCGUAGAAGACGCAGUCGGCCGCACAAUAGGCAUCCUCGGCUACGGCAGCAUCGGCAGACAAACCGCCCGCGUCGCUACCGCCCUCGGCUUCAAAGUCCACGCCUACACCCUCCACCCGCGCCCGACCCCCGAAUCCAAGCGCGACGACUCCUACACGCCCCCCGGUCUCGGCGAUCCAGAGGGCAAGUUCCCCUCCAAAUGGUUCUCGGGCGCCUCCAAGGCCGACCUGCACGCCUUUUUGGGCUCCGGGCUCGAUUUGCUGGUCGUCGCCACGCCGUUGACGGAUAAGACGAGUCACUUGCUCUCAGCUGAGGAGUUUGGCAUCCUGGCGGAGAAGAAGACGUUCAUUUCAAAUAUCGCGCGUGGUCCGAUUAUCAAUACGGAUGAUCUGAUUACGGCGCUGGAGGAGGGGACGAUUCGUGGCGCGGCGCUGGAUGUUACGGAUCCGGAGCCGUUGCCUGAUGGCCACCCGCUUUGGAAGGCGAAGAAUCUGUUGAUUACGCCGCAUAUUAGCGGGUUGUCUACGAGUUACGGGGACAGGGUUUUGGGGAUUUUGGAGUUGAAUUUGAAGAGGUUGAGUGAGGGGAAGAAGCUGGCUAAUCUUGUGAACAAGAGGGAGGGAUAUUAGGUCGCUUGUGAGAGGACGGGUUGCGGUAGAGGACUGUAAUCUGCGAUGAAUUGAUGAAAG